UCUCACUAACUCACACACGCCCUCCACUCUUACCACAAACCUCCAUUUCCAUUAAGACUCCAAAUAAUACAAAUUAAGCUUUUAAUUUCCAUAUCUUUGAAAUUAAACAACAAAAAACAAUCACCACCAUGCAGUCUUCUUCAGCUCUUUUUUCUCUUCUCAUCUUCAUUUCAACCUCAUUUUUACCUAUAAAUGGAGAACAGCUUAUCAUCGUUAACAACUGCAAUGAAAACAUAUGGCCAGGUUUACUCGGAGGAGCCGGUCAUCCGACGCUAAAGGACGGCGGGUUUCAUCUCGGAAGCGGAGAGGAAGUCGUCGUUGAUUUACCAGAUAAGUGGUCAGGAAGAUUAUGGGGUAGACAAGGAUGUUCGUUCGACGCCAAUGGAAAAGGCUCAUGUGAUACCGGAGAUUGUUCGGGAUUACUUCACUGCCAAGGCACUGGAGGUGCACCACCAGCUACAGUGGUUGAAAUGACACUCGGCUCUCCUACUUCUCCGUUACACUUCUACGACGUUAGUUUGGUCGACGGGUUUAAUUUGCCUGUUUCGAUGAAACCCGUUGGUGGCGGAAUUGGAUGCGGAGAAGCUUCGUGCGACGUUGAUUUAAACAUUUGUUGUCCUUCUGCUCUUGAAGUGAGAAAAAAUGGAAAAAUUGUUGGGUGUAAAAGUGCUUGUUUGGCUAUGCAAUCAGCAAAAUAUUGUUGCACAGGAGAAUUUGGUAAUCCGAAGAGUUGCAAGCCUACACUUUUUGCUAAUUUGUUUAAGGCAAUUUGUCCUAAGGCUUAUAGCUAUGCAUUUGAUGACUCUACUAGUCUUAAUAAGUGUAGGGCUUCUCGGUAUGUCAUCACUUUUUGCCCUCCUAAAUUGUGAAUCAAAGCAUUUGAUUUCUUGAUCAUAUUAUAUGGAAUUAGGGUAUGUUAGUAGUUUUGAUGUUCUAUUUUUAAUGUCUAUUUGUUGUUUUAUUUUGAUGUUUUUGUAAUUAUGUUCAAUUUUAUAAAUAGAAGCGAUGAAGCUAUGGUUGAGAAAAUAUAAUUUCUUUUA